GCUGUUGCAGUGCUAGGACGUAAGGACUCAUUAUUUGUGAGAGAGCAACUUGUACCAAUGAUAUUACUGCAGCGCAGGCACUGUGACUGGCAGUGGAUUCUGGGUUCAGCAUGCUGGUGAUUCUCCUGAACUGUGUCACUCUGGGCAUGUUCCAUCCUUGUGAAGACAUGGGUUGUGACUCCCCACGCUGCAAGAUUCUCCAGAGCUUUGAUGAUUUUAUCUUUGCCUUCUUUGCUGUGGAAAUGAUCAUCAAGAUGAUUGCACUAGGGAUUUUUGGGAAGAAGUGCUACCUAGGAGACACAUGGAACCGUCUAGAUUUUUUCAUUGUCCUAGCUGGCAUGCUGGAAUACUCUCUGGACUUGCAGAAUGUCAGUUUCUCAGCUGUUCGGACUGUCAGGGUACUCCGGCCUUUGAGAGCCAUUAACAGAGUUCCUAGUAUGCGCAUUCUAGUAACACUGCUUUUGGACACACUUCCGAUGUUGGGAAAUGUUCUCCUCCUCUGUUUUUUUGUCUUCUUCAUCUUCGGCAUCGUUGGAGUCCAGCUUUGGGCAGGGCUGCUCAGGAACCGCUGCUUCCUCCCAGAAAACUUCAGUUUUCCUUCCCCAGUAGAGCUGGCACCAUACUACCAGACCGAGAAUGAAGAUGAAAGCCCUUUCAUCUGCUCUCAGCCUCGAGAGAAUGGAAUGCGUUACUGUCGCAGUAUCCCAACACGAAGGGAAGAAGGCUUGGAAUGCACCCUGGACUAUUAUUCCUACAAUUACACCACUAACACCUCUUGUGUCAACUGGAACCAGUAUUAUACAAACUGUUCUGCUGGAGAGCACAACCCUUUCAAAGGAGCAAUCAAUUUUGAUAACAUUGGAUACGCGUGGAUUGCAAUAUUUCAGGUCAUCACUCUGGAGGGCUGGGUGGAUAUUAUGUACUUUGUCAUGGAUGCCCAUUCUUUCUACAACUUCAUCUAUUUCAUUCUCUUGAUCAUAGUGGGCUCUUUCUUCAUGAUAAACCUCUGUUUAGUGGUCAUAGCAACUCAGUUCUCAGAAACCAAGCAGCGAGAGAGCCAGCUGAUGAAGGAGCAGCGAAUCCGCUACCUCUCCAAUGCAAGCACUCUGGCUAGUUUUUCAGAACCAGGGAGCUGCUACGAUGAACUUCUCAAAUAUCUUGUCUACAUCCUCCGUAAGGCCAGCAAGCAGUUAGUGGAUGUCUACCGAACAACAGGGGUGAAAAUGGGGUUUCUCUCUAGCCCAGGCAGUAAGAACAGUGGAGAGAGACAGCCAUCCAAACAUCGCCCACGGAAAAGAUCAUCGGUGCAUCAUCUCAUUCACCAUCACCACCACCAUCAUCACCACUAUCACCUGGGCAACGGAAGCCUACAGGCACCGCGUGCUAGUCCUGAAAUCAGUGAUGUUGAAACCAGCUCCAUUCACAAUGGUGCCAAUAGGCUAAUGCUCCCUUCAGCAGCUAAUCCUCACACUGCUUCCAGCAACACUGAAUCUGUUCACAGCAUCUACCAUGCAGACUGUCACUUUGAGCCAAUCCGCUGCAGAUCGUCUCUCCCCCAGCCUGGUCUCAGCUUACCAGGACCAGAGGUGCUUCCUAGAACUGUAGUUGGCAGCAAGGUCUACCCUACUGUGCACCCAGGUACCUCCCAUGAACUGCUGAAAGGUUUAGGAGAGCCCCCAGUGAACCCUGGAGUUAGCACCUUGAUGAACCUUAAUAUUCCUCCAGGACCGUAUAGCACCAUGCAGAAACUACUGGAGACACAGAGCACUGGUCCUUGUCAAAGUUCUUGCAAGAUUUCCAGCCAGUGUGGCAAACCUGACAGUACUUGCAACCCAGAGAGCUGUCCCUACUGCAUGAAGACCUUGGCUAACGAGCCAGAGCUGACAGACAAUGAGAUGGGGGACUCCGACAGUGAUGGAGUCUAUGAGUUCACCCAGGAUGCUCACUAUGGUGAUCAAAGGGACCCUCAGCGAAGGAAAGUCCGAGGAAGAAAUACUUUAAAACUUCUAGCCUUCUGGAAGGUGGUUUGUGAAACUUUUCGGAAGAUUGUAGAUAGCAAGUACUUUGGCCGUGGGAUCAUGAUAGCAAUUCUGAUCAAUACCCUCAGCAUGGGGAUCGAGUAUCACGAGCAGCCGGAAGAACUCACCAAUGCCCUGGAAAUCAGCAAUAUUGUCUUCACUAGUCUCUUUGCCCUAGAAAUGCUUCUGAAACUCCUUGUGUAUGGCCCUUUUGGCUACAUCAAAAAUCCAUACAAUAUAUUUGAUGGAAUCAUCGUAGUGAUCAGUGUCUGGGAGAUAGUGGGACAACAGGGUGGGGGCCUGUCGGUUCUGCGGACCUUUCGUCUUAUGCGAGUCCUGAAGCUGGUCCGUUUCAUGCCUGCUCUCCAGCGCCAGCUAGUGGUCCUCAUGAAAACUAUGGACAAUGUGGCCACCUUCUGCAUGCUGCUAAUGCUUUUCAUCUUUAUCUUCAGUAUCCUUGGGAUGCAUCUCUUUGGCUGUAAGUUUGCUUCAGAGAGAGAUGGAGACACUGUUCCUGACAGGAAGAAUUUUGAUUCCUUGCUCUGGGCCAUUGUUACUGUUUUCCAGAUACUGACUCAGGAAGACUGGAAUAAAGUCCUGUACAAUGGCAUGGCUUCUACCUCUUCCUGGGCUGCCCUCUACUUCAUUGCCCUCAUGACAUUUGGAAAUUACGUUCUCUUUAAUUUGUUGGUUGCCAUUUUGGUCGAAGGUUUUCAGACAGAGGAAAUCACCAAACGGGAAGCAGCGAGUAGGCAGUUAAGCUGUAUUCAGCUGCCUGUCGACUCGUCGGUGGGUGAUGCUACUAAGUCUGAUUCUGAUGGGGAGCUUUUCCCCCGUAGUCUGGAAGAAGACUGUGGACUUAAGAAAAAUGUUUCAAAUCCAGCCUUGAUGGCUCUUUGUGACCACCCAGAGCUAAAGAAGAGCUUGACCCCUCCGCUCAUCAUUCACACAGCUGCUACACCAAUGCCCAUGCCAAAAAGUGCCAUCUAUGGAGAAGCAGCUCAGGGCUAUGACUCCCGAAGAGCUAGUAGCGUCUCCAUGGAUCCCAAUGCAUACGAUCUCAAAUCCCCGGUGAGUGCCCGGAGCUCUCCACAUAGUCCUUGGAGUGCUGGCAGUAGCUGGAACAGCCGCAGGUCCAGCUGGAACAGCAUUGGGCGAGCUCCCAGCUUGAAACGCCGCAACCAAAGUGGAGAGCGCAAGUCUCUUCUGUCAGGGGAUGGGAAGCAGAGCUCAGAGGAAGGAGAAAGCUCCGACGAAGAGCGAUCCAGCCGGACUGGGAGCAUUAAUGGCUCUAUACCUCACCGCAUAGAGUCACUGGAAACCAAAGGCUCCUUUGACUUCCAAGAUACCCUGCAGGUGCCUUCUCUUUACCGUACCAGUAGCAUGCACAGUAGCCACACCUCCACUUCAGAGCACCAAGACUGCAAUGGGAAAACAUCCCCACAAGUCCUGAUACAACAGAUUCAUUUAGAAGAUCCACUUCCUGAAUGUGAUGAUAUGGAUGAUGAGGGCAACUUGAGUAAAAAGGAUCGUAUGAAGGCUUGGAUAAGGGCACGCCUACCCACCUGGUGCAAAGAAAGAGAUUCCUGGUCUGUCUACAUCUUUGCUCCUCAGUCUAAAUGUCGUCUGAUAUGCAAUAAAAUUAUCACCCACAAGAUGUUUGAUCAUGUCGUCUUGGUUAUAAUUUUUCUGAACUGCAUCACCAUAGCUAUGGAACGACCCAAAAUUGAGCCACACAGUGCUGAACGAAUUUUCCUCACACUCUCCAACUAUAUUUUCACGGCAAUCUUCCUGGCUGAAAUGACCAUAAAGGUGGUGGCCCUAGGCUUGUGCUUUGGUGAGAAGGCAUACUUGAGAAGCAGUUGGAAUGUGCUGGAUGGGGUGCUGGUUCUCAUCUCUGCUGUUGACAUCUUGGUAUCAAUGGUGUCUGACAGCGGCACAAAAAUCCUUGGAAUGCUAAGAGUCUUGAGGCUGCUGCGAACUCUCAGACCAUUAAGAGUCAUUAGCCGAGCACAAGGUCUGAAACUGGUCGUGGAAACCCUGAUGUCAUCCCUGAAACCCAUUGGGAACAUUGUUGUUAUUUGCUGUGCUUUCUUCAUCAUUUUUGGCAUCUUGGGAGUCCAGUUAUUCAAAGGGAAGUUUUUUGUCUGCCAAGGGGAGGACACGAGGAACAUCACCAACAAGUCCGACUGCGCAGAAGCCAGCUACAAAUGGGUCCGGCACAAGUAUAAUUUUGAUAAUCUCGGCCAGGCCUUAAUGUCUCUGUUUGUGUUGGCUUCCAAAGAUGGGUGGGUGGACAUCAUGUAUGAUGGAUUGGAUGCAGUAGGAGUGGAUCAGCAGCCAGUCAUGAAUUAUAACCCUUGGAUGCUCCUCUACUUCAUCUCCUUCCUGCUGAUUGUUGCCUUCUUUGUCCUCAACAUGUUUGUGGGAGUUGUGGUGGAGAAUUUUCAUAAAUGUCGUCAGCAUCAGGAGGAAGAGGAAGCCAAGAGGCGAGAGGAGAAGAGACUCCGUCGACUGGAGAAAAAGAGAAGGAGUAAGGAGAAACAGAUGGCUGAUCUAAUGCUGGAUGAUGUAAUAAUGGAGAGCUCAGCCAGUGCAGUGCCAGAAGCACAGUGUAAACCAUACUACUCCAAUUACUCUCGCUUCCGACUUCUGAUUCACCAAAUGUGCACCACCCAUUACCUGGAUUUAUUCAUCACAGGUGUGAUUGGGCUUAAUGUCAUCACCAUGGCCAUGGAGCACUACCAGCAGCCCAAGGUUCUCGAUGAAGCACUGAAGAUCUGCAAUUACAUCUUCACUAUAAUAUUUGUCAUGGAAUCUGUUUUCAAGUUGACUGCAUUUGGGUUUCGUCGGUUCUUUCAAGACAGAUGGAACCAAUUAGACCUGGCAAUAGUGCUAUUGUCCAUCAUGGGAAUCACACUAGAAGAGAUUGAGGUGAAUGCAUCACUACCCAUCAACCCCACCAUUAUUCGUAUCAUGAGGGUCCUGAGGAUUGCUCGAGUGUUGAAAUUGCUGAAGAUGGCUAUAGGAAUGAGAGCACUGCUGGACACCGUCAUGCAAGCACUGCCUCAGGUGGGGAAUCUUGGUCUUCUCUUCAUGUUGUUGUUUUUCAUAUUUGCAGCUCUUGGGGUGGAGCUGUUUGGAGACCUUGAAUGUGAUGCUACUCACCCCUGUGAGGGCUUAGGGCGCCAUGCAACUUUUCGCAACUUUGGGAUGGCCUUUCUCACACUCUUUCGCGUAUCCACAGGAGACAAUUGGAAUGGGAUAAUGAAGGACACUCUGCGAGACUGUGAUGAGGAAUCCACGUGUUACAACACAGUCAUCUCGCCGAUCUACUUCGUCUCUUUUGUGCUGACAGCCCAGUUUGUCCUGGUGAAUGUGGUGAUUGCUGUGCUCAUGAAGCACCUGGAGGAAAGCAACAAGGAAGCUAAAGAGGAAGCAGAGCUGGAACUGGAACUGGAGCUGGAAAUGAAAACAAUCGCCCCAGGACAGCACCCACCCUCAGACCCCUUCAUGUGGACAGGCAGUAACACAGGAGAAAGGGCCGAGAGCGCUGGAGGAUGUGCCAAUCCCAUGCAAAUCAAAGUGGAUUCUCAGCUCUCAUUGGUUCACCCUAUGGAAAGACACUUGUUUGAUACCAUAUCACUGCUGAUCCAGGAAUCUCUGGAAGGAGAGCUGAAGCUGAUGGACAACCUGUCAGGCUCUGUGUGCCAUCAUUAUGCCCUUCCAACUACAGAAAAUUACAACUCUGAGAAACAGAUCCCUCUAGCUGAGAUGGAGGCUCUGUCUCUGACGUCAGAUAUUCUCUCUGAAAAUUCCUGGUCCUUAGCUCUGACGGAUGACUCUUUUCCUGAUGAUAAUAACACACUCUUACUUAAUGCCCUGGAAAGCAAUGUUGAUAUUCCCUCCAGAAGCAACCCUCUGACUCUCUCACCAAGCAAGGAUCUGUUAAGUGUAAGAAAGCCUUCUGUAGGUCGCACCCAUUCAUUGCCAAAUGACAGUUAUAUGUUUCAGACUCCAGGUACUGGCACCUAUGACAACGCCUCUGGAGAAAAGAGCUCCUCCCAUCAAAAAUCUCAGUCAGGCUCAACAACAUCGGUGCAGUCUCAGCCUGCAAACAUUGAUGCUCUCCUCCAAAUUCCAAGAGAUCUCCUCCACUAUCUCAAGCCCCAAUACCAUCUUGACUGGGCAAGCCAAUCCAAAGUCCCUUCACCCGUGCAUUCUCCUUCUGCAGAACGGUUACUUCGCAGACAGAAAAUUAGCCGAAUUGGCGGUUUGGGGGGGCAUUGCUGCACAGCUGGAGACCUGCAGAGCACGAUGGCAAUAAGGAAUGACUCCUCGGAUACCCAUAGCUCAGAAAGCAGAGAGAACGUCCAUGCUGAGGUGAGUGAACACUCUGAUCCAAACUUGUCAGCUCCAUCCGCUGAGGAUCUGUCCAUCACUCUGGUGCCCUCAGAAGCAAGAGAGUCAGCCAGCUGGGGGCGAUCGAGUGUUCACACUCAACAACAUUCCUGUAAUCAGUAUAACAUUUCCAUGCACGUGCCGGAUUUGUGUGCCUGUACAGACUCCCUUCAAGAACUACCUGGAGACCCGAUGGACCAAGAAGUAUCGGAAAUAAACAGCUCUUUUACUUCAGGAACUUGUUCAGCCAUGAGUGCCUCUUCAGUGGUUCAACCUGAGACCCCUAAGAGAAAUGGAGGCAACAGUGGCACUGUUACUUUGAAGGACCUGAAGAAAUGCUACAGUGUAGAUACGCAGGGUCUUCUUAAAAAACCCUCAUCUUGGUUAGAUGAUCAAAGGAGACAUUCCAUAGAAAUUUGUUCCAUGGAAAACAGCCCUCAGCAUCAUUCCACAUCUAGCUCUUCUGGCUUCAUAAGUCAGGUACUAAGUGAAAUGGAAGGCUUGCAAGGAACACGGCAGAAGAAAAAACUGAGUCCCCCAUGUAUAUCAAUAGACCCACCCGAUGAACAGAGUUUGUUACUGAGAGGACCACGCACCUCAUCACCUCCCAGUGCAGAUGUUUGCUUGCGAAGACGCGCACCAUCUUGGGAUUCCAAGGAUUCCGUGGAUGCAGGGGACUCAGCCCUUCCAGGCAAUAUGUCAAUAACUCCAACCCCAAAGAAAGACUUGAUGACACUUCCUAGUUUUUCCUUUGAUCAAACAGAUGCGGACCCUUGAGUCUGUUUAUUUUCUGUUGUUGGUGCCAAAUGUUUCUUUUCUCCCUCAUGUAAUAAAUUAAACCUCUCUAUUCUAAAAUGGCACUGAUUUUUAAAAAAAGAAAUCCAAAGAAAGAUUAAAAGAGCUAGUUGGUUUAAGAGUGGUUAAGCUAUAUCACGCUUACUUAAGCAUAAGUUAUGCUUGAGUAAAAGCAAUACAUUGUUCAGAGUCUAUAUGUAUAUUCUAUUUUAUUAAAUUAAUUGAACCUAGUAUUGCAAGAUGUAGUACAUUUUGUGGCUUAAAGACCUAGUUUAUUUUCUUCUUUUUUAUGUAUCUCAGAAUAUUCCUGAGAUGACAUUGUUUUUUAAUGAAUAUUUUAACCUGAAAAAUACAUAUUUAAUCCUCCCCCUUUUUUGUUUUUUGUUUUUGCAAAGCACAAGAUGUAGCCAUUAGUGCAUUACUGAGAAAAUGUGUCCCAUGGUCAACCAGAAAAUAGAAUAUUUGCAAUUAUAAUGUAAUUCACUCACCAAACCACCACCCCAACUAUUUUCUGUAGAAAGCUGCCAUUUGGAAAUGUUUACAAUUGUAAUGGCAUUAAAAAACAUAAAAAUAAUCUCCAAAAUAAAUGUUAUUAUGAUACAGAUCAAAAGCAAGUGCACAGGUUUAAAACUUGUUGGGUAAGCAGAAGGACUUGUCAAGGUGUCUGUAAUUUAAAGAGUUCAGUUGUCUCUUGGAAAUAUACAAUGUUGUCUUAUGCA